AUGGAGGUAAUCUUCGUUACUUUUGAAAAACAAGUCUGGGUGUUAAUCGCGGUCAGUUUCAUCAUUGUCAUGGUCGCGUGGUGGAUUAUCAUGUCAUGCGAGCAAAGAAGUUGGAAUAUUGAAAAUAUGGCAAUUGCGAUAACAAAUUUGACUUCACUUACAAUUCUGGGCUCCGUUGCCACAGUUCCAAAAUCUGCCAUUCUACGUUGUGUUCUAAUCACGUACUUGGUAUAUUUUAUCCACAUCAAUUGUGGCUUCACGUCAAACUUGAUUAAUAUCUUGACUAAACCGCAAUAUGAAUUCCAAAUCAGCAACCUAAAGCAACUGGCAGACUCUAAUCUUCCCAUAUACGGCCAUGCUAACUUUUUAAAGAGCCAAUUUAAUAAUGACAACGUCAUCGAAUGUAAACUGUACAGAAAACUGAAAGAGUCGACAUUUCCCGCUACAAAUAUUGACCAAUUUAUCGCGGUUCACCUCAAUCUCGCCAAUCAUCGUAAUUGUGCGGUUGUGGAAACAGAAGAUUAUACGUUUAAACUUCACCAGCUAUGGAACAUUAAUCAAAAGAUAUACAAAAUCGUGGACAACAGCAUUACUGGCGAAUUGGUUUGGCGACUGCAACACUAUCCCAAUCACUACUUUAGCGUUUACUUUGAGAGAUUUAUUGCAUCAAUUACAGAGUCAGGGAUCGGCAGCAAAAUGUACAAGGAUAUGAAAGAAGAUUAUAUGAAAACGCCCAGAGUUGAAGAUGACGAGAAAGUGGUGCUAACCUUACGCCAUCUAUGCUUUGCGUUUGCCUUUCUUGGAUUUGGAUUGUUGCUUUCAACAGCGGUAUUCUUUAUUGAACUCGCAAUAGCAAGACGUGCCUACCGUAGGAAUUAAAUGUUACACUAAUUUUGCUAUGGUUUGGCAACAGGACAUUAUGGACCGCCGUAGAAGUCUAAAUUUGGCUGUGAUAAAACUUAUCUCGACAGCAUUAUGGAGAUUUGUAUAACAUUUCAAUUCUAUAAAUUUGGUACUAUUCUGUAUUACUUUUGUCCAUUUUAUGUAUUAAUGUAUUCACAUUUGCUACCUAUUUAUAUACGUAGGUACCACGUAAGGAUCAGUACAUACUAGG